AUGAAACAUGCACCCUACUUCCGCGAACAGUUGCUCCAUAUUCCAUGGUCGCGGCUCGAGAAAGACAACUCUUUCAACUGGGAUGUUGUCAAAAUACGUCUAGGCAUCCUGGGUGAGGGUCUCCGCUUCGGCUAUUGGUCUCACCCAUACGGUCACCGCACCCACGACGAAAGUCCUACAGAAAUCGAAGAGACGACAGGAUUACCGGCAGAGCCAACCGGACCACGCGGUAGCCCAGAUUACAUGCACGGACAGGUUAUGCUCAAUGCUGCAUGGUCUUUGUCGAGGAUCGACCGCCAGUGGAAACUCUCUGAUCAUACGCAGAUACCGACAUUGUUUUUUGCAGACGAGCGUGAUGCGCCUUCUAGGCCAGAGCCAGGCGAAGUCAAGGAUUGGGAGACAUGGUACAAAUGGCGCGGGUUGCCUCUGUCUUCGCCUAUGGCGUUGCUCAUGGACCGCGUCUUGUCGGUACACCAUAUUUUGGUCAAUGUCCUGCGAGUGGCGGAUGUGAAGCAGGUCGGAGGCUCAUCACCCACGGUCAUCACCGUUCAUUAUCUCGGUGGGGAAGUGGAGUUGAACUUCAUCCCUUUAUUCUCAGAAAUAGCACUUCUCCUGCCCGACACUCACAUCGAUCUGACCAUCUUCGGCAAGGCAGGCUACGACCUCGUGCACAAAGCCCGACAAAAACUGGCCUCGUCUCCGAGUUCUCGAGUCAUCGCUUCACAAGACAUCGUUUGGUCUUACACCGCUCCUCCGAAGACUGGCGGGGGAUCCAUCGCUAUUCGCAUACAUAGCGAGAACGAGCUAUGGACGACGCAAUCUCAGCUCUCUCCGGGGUCGAAAUAUCCUGACGCGAUGGUCGCGUUGAAUACGGGUCUGACGAGCUAUUCGACAUGGUCUGAUCCCGUCUUGGGCGCUACUAUCCAUAACAUACCCUUCGCAGUAGCCGAAUACGACGAACAAGGGCUAUGGAUGCAGAAGAAACGGUUACCGCCGAACAUACUUCAAGAGCUACUAGUAUUGGAUAGACGGCAGCACACAUUCUCUUCUAUUAAGGAACAUGGUCACCAAUUUGCGUCAAACCCUUUCCAUCGGCCGGGGCAGAGGUCUAUCAGUCACUGUAGACUUCCGUUUGUGUAUAAUGGAUUUGUUAUGCCUGUGGUGAUGAAAGGAGAUUUGGCCCACAAAAGGGAUAAGUAA